CAGUGAUUCAAAGUCAAACUUCUUCUAGUAUAGUUAGUGUUGAUUAGUCUGCGAACAGCCAAAACCAUGAACGCUCUGUACGUGACAGUGUCCAUUCCACUGCUUCUGCUCUUUGCAGGAUUCAACCAUGCACAUGGUCUCACCACCUUUGGGAAAUCCCAGCCGAGCAACAGCAACCAACAACCACAGCAGCUACCCGCUAGGCCAUGUACUGAUAACAAAGUUUGCGAAGGAAUCAUAGGCGCCAGCUGCGUACAGGAUCCCAAGGAUCACGCCAGGAAAAGCUGCCUCUGCGGAGACAAUCAGCCGCCUGUCAACGGCGGAUGCUCUGCUGCUUACAGCGGACCUAACCAUCUCUGCAAAGCCAACAAGGAUUGCGUCGAAGGAGCCAAGUGUAUUGACGUCGAAAAGAACGGCAGCCAAAUCACGGAAAAACUCUGCAAGUGCACAGAAGGCCUUGUCGAGCACAACAAUAUGUGCAGCGGUGGAACUCCAACAAGUGUCCUCUCGGGCCUCAUCAUUCUCAUGGCUUUGACCAGAACUUUACUAUACUGAACACUUCAAAACGCACAAAACGAUAAUGCUUCGAUCACACAUUACGCGUGCACCCAUCGAAGGACAGUUGUAUUCGCAUCUAAUCCUCUAAAGGUCCUUCGGCAAUACGCACGCCUUUUUAAUGCAUUCAUAGCUUCAAAACAAAUAUUAAUUAUAACCCAAAAUUAUUAAUAAUAAACAUUAUUACUAAAUAUAUUAAUUAUAAAAAAAACAAGAAAUAUUAAUAAUAAUAUGAAUUCAAAGAGAAUAGCGUUGAAGCACCUCAAGUAAUUUCUCGAAACGCAUUUAUUUAUUUCUGUGGAACAUCAGAUAGUAAUCCUUUAUUACUCUUCAAAUUGUUAUAUAAUGUAGAUACUAACGGCACCAGUAUUGGAAAAUCAAAUCAAUGGAACACGCACCUUUUAAAUUGUAAUUUUAUAUGUCUCAAAUAUGUGUACUGCAUUGUUUCUAAAUAAAACUUUCGAAAACU